GACAAUUUGCAAAAAGGAAGAAGACUUCGCUUUGGUUCACAGUCUCUCUGCUGGUAGUGUCCGUUUUCAUACUGACCAUAGGUCUGGCAGCUACCACAAGAACAGAAAAUGUUACCGUGGGAGGCUACUACCCAGGCAUCGUUCUUGGCUUUGGAUCUUUCCUAGGGAUUGUUGGCAUCCACUUGGUAGAGAACAGAAGACAAAUGUUAGUAGCCUCCAUCGUGUUUAUCAGCUUUGGCGUGGUAGCAGCAUUCUGUUGUGCAAUAGUUGAUGGAGUGUUUGCAGCACGACACAUAGAACCCAGACCUUUGUAUAACAAAAGGUGCCAGUUUUAUUCAAGUGGAGUGGGAUUCCUAUAUGAUGCCUACCAGACAGAGGUGACAUGUUAUACCUUAAACAGCAAGUGCCAGCUGAAAGUAAAGAGUAACACGUGCUAUUGCUGUGACCUGUACAACUGUGAGAAUUCAGAGCAGUCCUCCAGCUACUACGAGUUUCUCGGCGUGAGCAGCUGUCAGGACGUGGUUCACCUCUAUAGGCUGCUGUGGUCCUCCACGGUCCUCAACAUCAUCGGGUUGUUUCUGGGGAUUAUUACGGCAGCCAUUCUUGGGGCAUUUAAAGACAUGGUACCUCUGUCCCAAAUUGCUUUCAGUGCUGCACCUCCUCCUCAGAUCCUGUAUAAUCCUGCCCAGCAGAUCCUGACAUACACUGGGUUCUGUCCUUCUGCAGCAUCUAUUUCUACAUAUCCAUCCUACCCGUUACCUCUCCAGCCUGCCAGCAAUUUUCCAGGAACAUCAUCUACGGACAUUUCUUUAUCAGAAGAAACUCAGCCUCCAUCUCAGUCCAGCUCCAGCUACGGUCUUCCCCCCAAUGCUCCAGCCCUCUAUACACCGACUUACUUCUUGCCUGGAGAAAAGCCUCCACCAUAUGCACCAUAG